GCAGCAGCUUUAUGUCGUCCUUUGAAAGCAAAGUGACUAAAAACAACAAGGAAUUUUGAAAGCUUUUGUUUUUAGUCGAAGAGAGAAAUAUAUCCGAUAUUAGGGAUUCUUGUGCAGGAAGAAGAACCAACAUCUUGUUACAGGAAGUCUUCAUAGGGACUGGGCCCAGCGGAGGAAGCAGCUGCUUAGCAGCAAACCAAUUAGCUGUAAGUCGGAGGCUUAAAGCAGCAGCUGAUCUGCUAAUGGGAUCAAAGCCCCUCGGAGGCUUAGAGGACCAGGACCAGCUCGCUCACAUUCACACCUUUCUGCUGGAGGAGCUCGCUGCCCAUCACAACUCUGACAGCAUUCGUUGUGAUUUCAUGGCAGACCCCUCGGCCCCCCCAACAGUAUGGACCUGCAGCUCGGCAUUAUGGGUCUGAAACCAGGGGUUCUGGCUGAGUUGCGUGCAGCUGCUUCUUUGUGGAUGGGAUUUAAUCUGUGAGGGAUUCCUAAACUGUUCACCAGAGGAAACUGGUUUCUCUUUGAUAGGAAAACGAUAGUUGAUUUCAGUUGGUUGCUUCGGUCACACUAAGAGGUGAAAUCAUGCCGUUCAUGCCGGUGAAGUUCACCCUGCAGAAAAGGGUGAAGCUGGCCCAGGGUCUGUGGAUGAUCUACUGGCUCUCGGUCAUCGUGGGGAUCAUCCUCUUCAGCCUCGGCAUUUUCUUCAAAAUCGAGUUGCGGAAAAGAAGUGAGAUGAUGGACAACAACGAGAGCCACUUAGUGCCCAACCUCUUGAUCCUGGUGGGCUUGUUGGCCUGUGGGCUCAACGCCUUCGGGGGGAAGGUAUGCCACGACUCUCUGGACCCCAUCAAGUUUGCCAAGUGGAAGCCGAUGCUGAAGCCGUUCCUGCUGCUGUGCUGCGGCUUCAACGCGCUGCUGCUGCUGACAGCGCUGCUCUGCUUCCUCAUGCAGUUCGCAGUGUACCUGACGCUGGCCGAGGGCCUAAAGAACAGCAUCAAGUUCUACAAGGACACCGACACGCCGGGGCGCUGCUUCAUGAAGAGGACCUUGGACAUGACACAGAUCGAAUUCCGCUGCUGCGGCAACAACAACUUCAGGGACUGGUUUGAGGUGCAGUGGAUCAGCAACCGGUACCUGGACAUGAGCAACGACCUGGUGAAGGAUCGAGUGCUGAGUAACGUGGAGGGCAAGUACCUGAUGGAUAGCGUCCCGUUCAGCUGCUGUAACCCCGGCUCCCCCCGGCCCUGCAUCCAGCAUCACCUGACCAAUAACUCCGCCCACUACGACUACGACCACCGUAUUGAGGAGCUCAACAUCUGGACGCGGGGCUGCCGCGAGGCUCUCUUCUACUACUUCAGCAGCAUGAUGAACAGCAUCGGAGUGCUCAUCGUUGCCACCGUCAUCCUGGAGUCGGUGGACAUGGCCGGGUUGAAGUACCUGACCACAGCUCUGGAAACGAUGGAUGACCCGGAGAACCCGGAGUGUGAGAGCGACGGAUGGCUGCUGGAAAAAGGGGUGAAGGACACGUUUGGAGAUCUGCUCACCAAACUGAAGACACUCGGGAGCAGCAACCAGGUGGUGGAGGGCGGGGAGUCACCUGAGGCUGCCAACUGAGAGCUCCGCCCCCAAAUACAAAGGACUGAGGCCCCCCCACUACACACCUCUACCUGCUUCUCCUCCACACAGCAGAGAGCAAUAGAGGAAUGUAUUCAUCCAUCUGUACAUACACAAUCAUACAUGUGUUAAGAUACUACACUCACACACACACUCACACACACACUCACACACACAUCACAUUGUGAUUUUUUCCAUUGUGUACAUAUGUUGAUCAGAGUUUAUUUUUAAACAGGAGGAACAGAAACCUGCUGCUGUAAAUAUAACUUCUGGGUUGGGAAUUUUAAAAUGAUAUACAAAUAUAUAUUAGGUACCCCCCCGCCGCCCCCCCGCACACACACAUUAAUGCUUCCUUCUAUUAAUGCUACAGCAACAGGCCUGACAGACGUCAGUCUUCAAAAGGGCCCGAACAAUCUGUUCAAUCGGGUCUACCAGGGCUGAGAUCCCAUUGCGGUUGCUCCUUUAGUCCAGUAGGGGGGCUGAGCAGACCGGCAAUGUCGGUCCGUCAGUGAACGCAUCGUCCGCUAUCUGACACCCGAAGAAUGAGUCCGGCGGUUUGUUGACGUGGAAAACAAUUUGCCAAAAAUAUUAUUGAAAAGUUAAUGGUGACAGGGAGUAGGAAUCAUGCAACUUCUUCCUUAAAAAUGACUUGAACACAAGGAAUAUUCUAAGGGUGUUCAUGUCCAUCUUUUAAACCCAAUUUACCAAAGACAGUCAGGGGAACGUCCUUCAACAUGCUUUAACAUGCUUUAGCAUGCUUUAACAUGCUGCAACAUGCUUUAACAUACUUUAACAUGCUUUAACAUGCUGCAACAUGCUUUAACAUGCUUUAACAUGAUCCAGCAUGCUUUAAUAUGCUAUAACAUGCUAUAACAUGCUCCAACAUGCUUUAAUAUGCUUUAACAUGCUUUGAACAUGCUUUAACAUGCUUUAGCAUGCUUUAACAUGCUGCAACAUGCUUUAACAUACUUUAACAUGCUUUAACAUGCUCCAGCAUGCUUUAAUAUGCUAUAACAUGCUAUAACAUGCUCCAACAUGCUCCAACAUGCUCCAACAUGCUUUAACAUGCUCCAACAUGCUGUAACAUGCUGCAACAUCCUUUAGCAUGCUUUAACAUACUCUAACAUGCUUCAACUUACUCCAACAUGCUUUAACAUGCUGCAACAUGCUCCAACAUGCUUUAACAUGCUAUAACAUGCUUUAACAUGCUUUACCAUGCUUUAUCAUGCUUUAACAUGCUAUAACAUACUUUAACAUGCUUUACCAUGCUUUAUCAUGCUUUAACAUGCUGCAACAUGCUUUAACAUACUUUAACAUGCUUUAACAUGCUGCAACAUGCUUUAACAUGCUUUAACAUGAUCCAGCAUGCUUUAAUAUGCUAUAACAUGCUAUAACAUGCUCCAACAUGCUUUAAUAUGCUUUAACAUGCUUUGAACAUGCUUUAACAUGCUUUAGCAUGCUUUAACAUGCUGCAACAUGCUUUAACAUACUUUAACAUGCUUUAACAUGCUCCAGCAUGCUUUAAUAUGCUAUAACAUGCUAUAACAUGCUCCAACAUGCUCCAACAUGCUCCAACAUGCUUUAACAUGCUCCAACAUGCUGUAACAUGCUGCAACAUCCUUUAGCAUGCUUUAACAUACUCUAACAUGCUUCAACUUACUCCAACAUGCUUUAACAUGCUGCAACAUGCUCCAACAUGCUUUAACAUGCUAUAACAUGCUUUAACAUGCUUUACCAUGCUUUAUCAUGCUUUAACAUGCUAUAACAUACUUUAACAUGCUUUACCAUGCUUUAUCAUGCUUUAACAUGGUCCAACAUGCUUUAACAUGCUUUAAUAUGCUCCAACAUCCGGCAACAUGCUCCAAUAUGCUGUAAUGUGCUUCCACAUGCUUCAAAAGGCUUUAACAUGCUGUAACAUGCUUUAUGCAAAAAUGGCCGUCUAGCUCCCUGUCAGGGUGAACUUACAGGAGCGUUUUUAUACUCUAAAGACCCACAGGUGAGGGAUAAAGUUGUUUGUAUAGUUAUUAAUGGGUCAGUACAAUUAAAUUCAGUCUUCAGUUACACGUUGUAAUGUUUGUAUUUUAUUGCUUUUUUGUGAAAUGGAAAGUUGUGAUGUUUUCAGCCAGUUGUUGUGCAUUGGUUGGAGCUUGUAGUCGCUCCGCUAUGUAUGAUAAAACCUAUAAAGGGAUUGUAACUGACGCCAAACUGUCUGACUCAUCUUUCAUUAUCAACGCUGCUUUGGGACACAGAAC